CCGCCUUCUCCCUCUGGUUUCCGCGUGUUACAUUCCGUGUGGAAACUUGUGUCAAACAUAACGAGUUCCGUUUCGUUUGUAUAUUAAUAAAUAUAAAAACAUACAAGUUUUAAUACAUGUAUAACAUUUACCCUAACCACAGAAUUCCCAUUCGUUUUGUUUAUGUAAUAAUACAACUUGAUAAUAGAAUAAGAUAAGAUAAAAUAAGAUAAGAUAUUAUACUGUUGCUAUGGUAACAGAAGCAACUAGCUUGCUAGCAUCGUAAACGGCUCCGCGGUCUGAGGAAACUCGAUGCGUCCUCCUUGAUAAUAAACAUCAUUUUUGAACACUUUUCUUGUUUUAAUUUAUUAAAAACAACAUUGCCGACCAGACACUUUACUAUAAACCACAAUGUAGGCUUUAGUAUUAGAGGAUGAGACAUGUGAGGUGAUCAGUACCUGAAGGUCAGGUAGACUCCGAUCGGCUGAGGGAAAUGUGCCAUCACGCAUCAUGAAGAAAAUAUUCAACUUCAAGAAAAAGAAGGGCUCCCCCAGCCCAUCCGAGACGGGCAGCGUGCUUUCGGCCAGCUACGAUGUAAAGGAGAAAGACCUCGGGAAGGUCCAUAAGGCUGCGUAUGGUGGAGAUGUGACCAAACUUAGACAACUGGCCAAAAAGAGCGAUUUAAACCAGCUAGACAAAGAUAACAGAACCGCCUUACACAUCGCUUGUGCCUGUGGACACACAGAUGUGGUUCAGUUCUUGGUGGAGAACAAAGUCAAACUAAACUUAUGCGACAAUCAGAACCGGUCCGCCUUAAUGAAGGCGGUUCAGUGUGAGCAGGACCGGUGCGUUUCUUUGCUCCUGGAUCAUGAGGCUGACCCAAACCUGGUGGACAUCAAUGGAAACACAGCACUACACCUGGCCGCCCGUAUCCCCUCCCUACCUGUGGCCAUGCAGCUGUUGGAGCAUGCGGCCAACAUCAACGCCCAGAACAAGGAUGGGAACACUCCAUUGAUGCUGGCUGUGAUGGAAAACCACACAGACAUGACGGAGCUUCUGUUGAAAGAAGGCGCAGAUGUUAAUGUGAAGAACCAAGAGCAACGGUCUGUGUUGAUGAUAGCAGCGUGCAAUGGUCAAAUCAGCAUGGUGCGUUUGCUCCUGCAGUACGAUGCCGACAUCACAGCGAAAGACAAUAAAGGAUGGUCCUCUGAUGAUUAUGCCGUCAUGAACGGACAUCACGCCUGUUCUCAUCUAAUCAUUGAGCAUGGUACCAAGAGAAAAUCUCUGCAGUCUCCGUCCCAUUUCACUGCCGGUAAAAACAGAGGGACGUCCAUGCUGGGCAGCCCCGGCGGUAUCGGGGCCAGUUUGCAUCUGGGCGGACCAGCUCUGGAUAAAGACGCAGCAGGAAGCAGUUUUGCAGGAGCAGGGAAAGAUACAGAAGACAUUUCACACACAGACUCCAUUAGCAGGGCAUCAAAAAGUGGAGCUGCAGACUCAUGGGCUUCCUCAGAAGAUGAUCAGGAGAUAGACUGCAGCCCAAAGAAACAGAAAGUAAACCUGAAGAAACUCAUAAGUGCCUCCAAAAGAGAAAAGAUAGAGGACAUAGUGAAUCCAGUCAAAUCCUGGAGCGGAUCAGAGUCAGAAAGUGAAGGAAAAGCUGGAAAGUAUCCACCCCUCCCUUCCCGCAGCUCCUCAACCCAACUUCCCGUAGCAUCCUUACCUGCUUCUUUACCCCACCCAUCCCAGAUGAGCUCCGGUCCAUUCAGCAACACUUAUAAGGAGGAAUCCUCCACAGAGGAUGAAGAGGAGGAGGAUGAAGAAGAAGAAGAGGAGGAUGAAAAGAAAGAACAGGAGAAACUGUGUGAAAAGCCUCAAAAUGGUGGAACUAGCAAAGAAAAGCAAAGGGAUUUCCUUUCUGAGUUGGGCCUUGAGAAGGAAGACGAACACAACGACUCUCCUUGGGACUCGGAGUCCGGUUCUGAGAGUCCAACAAAAAAACCUCAUCCUGCCAAAUCUCACAGAUCCAUGUCCAGUGUAUGCGAGGAGAACCCUGAAGACUUCUUAUACGUUCCUUCCUUUGUAAGCCGAGGGAGGAAUGUUAAUUUUUUGGGAAGUAUAGACCAGCUAGGAGGCUGCAGGACUGUGGUUUUAAGAAACGAUGAGGAUGAUGAGGAAGAGAAGGAGAUAGAAAUACCGCCCAAAGUGAUAAAAAGGGAGCCGGUGUCUGUUCUCAAUAAACUGAUGGAUUCAAAAGAAGCUGCUAAGAAAACAGACCUCAUGGAGGAAUUGGGUUUGGGAGAUGCUGAUGAUCUGGAAGAUGCUUCAGACUGGGACUCGGCCAGCACCACCAGUAAGGCCAGUAAGAACUUUCCAGUGUAUAAGAUGGAGGAGGAACCUGACCAACCACCCCUGGCGUUCCCCAUCACACCCCUGGAACAGGACGAGGACGAGAACACCAUAGAAAUUAAAGACACACAUCCAGAGACAAUCAAACUUACGACACCUCUACCUAGCCCACGAUCUCUCAAUGUGGAUGCCAGCUCAAAGCCACGCCCACUGCCACGACUCCGCCUGGACUCAAAUCAGAGACCAGAGAGUGAAGAAUCUGACUGGGAUACAGACGCCUCCAGUCCAGCCAAGAUAACUAAUUCACUGCCAAACAUCACAGAACCUGAUGCAGCUCCUCGACAGGAACACACAACAGAAGAUGAUGAAAGUGAAAGAAGCUCAGUCGCUAGUGAACGUGAAGAUCAGGCAAGAGAGACGUUACCAGCAUCUUCUCUAGAUGUAGGUAGCCCACAUACCCAUGAUCCAUUUGAGCUUCCAGACUUCGCUGAAAAAGAGGAGAACGCUGGUGAUAUUCCCUGGGAGGAACGUUAUGAGAAGAUUUGGGUGGAGAAUGAUAAAAAGGAGACCAAAUCUCAAUACAAAAAUGUGACUGCUGAACUAAAAGAGAGAUUUGGGGAACUGGAUCCCAAACAACAUCAUGACCUUUUUGAGCUUCAAGGGAAUGACGGAAAGCACAGCAGUGGAGAUGAAGAGCUUGAUGUUGUAGCAGAAGUUGAAGAUUCAAGUGAGGAAGAAGGUGAGCCGAUAGUGCGUCCCGCUGCUCGUGCGAGAAGUGCUGUACUUUUGCCCAUUCCUGAGCAGAGAGAGUCCGGCCUGGAAGACUCACAGAUUGAGGAACCUCAAGAAAACUCUCAAAGGGCGGCGAGCGUUGAGAUCAGUGAUGCAGACCUUCAUCAGGACAGCCUUACCAGUGAUCCUCAAUUAAUACCAGAGCUCCUCAAGCAUGAGGUCCAACAAGAGGGCUCUUCCUCUUCUGAUGAAGAUUUUUCUGCAGAUAUUGGAACCAAAGCAAAUACCAAGUGUCCAUCAGAAUCAGAAAACAACAUUGAUGAAAAGUCUAAAGAUGAGGAGUGUCACAGAACCUCAUUGCUUGCUCCUAGUGAGCUGGACGUCCAUCCUAAAAUUCUGGAUGUGCCCUUUUCUGACUCUGAUGAGGGUGAGGAGGGCCUGCGGACGUCCAGACAUGAGGGUGACAAGGCUGAUGGUAUGAGAGGAGAACAUCAGAACAGUGGUUUGUGGGAUACUGGAGGAUCCAGAGUAGGAGAUGAACUCGAUCAAGGAAAGGGAAGGAAAACUGACACCAACUUUGGCAACUCAAAACCUCAGGAAAGAAUAUCUGAUGGCAGAAAACAGGCUAGUGUUUCAUCAAGACACCUGACAAGAAGUCCAAGACGCACUGACAGAGCUCCAGCACACGAUGAGGAUGAGGAGGAAAAGAAAAUGUUAGAUAACCAAGCCAGAAAUCUCCAUGUAGCUCCCACUCUGCAGGGCAAACCUCCACGACCUGUGACCCGCCAUAAUGGAGACAUUGAGUCUGUCUUUGAUGAUAGUACUUUAAGUGAGCUGUCAGAGGAGGACAGGAGAUCUCCAUCUUUAAGGCAUAAGAAAGAGCAGACUGACGGAGAACCGGAGAUGGGAGAUGAUUUUGAAGAUCUCACCCAGUCUUCCGACACGGCCACUGAGGAUCUGGAGACUCCCGUAUCUGGAUACCGUAACGCUUCCCUGCUCUUUAAACAGCUCGACUCCAGCUAUCUGGAUUCAGUCAGUGUUGUAAAACUACAAAACAUGUUUCACGAGUAUGAGCGAACCAUCCAGAGAGAACGAGACCGACACGGCCGCCUGGCCGAUAAAACCACACAGCUGGAGCAGGAACGCAGUGAGCUCAGGAUCCUGCUGGACGAGAUGAGAAGCAGCAAAUCCAACCUGGAACAUCUCAAACUGGAGCUAGAGACGGACAUGAACAAUCUCAAGUUCCUGCUGAGACAGGAGCAGGAGAAACAUCAGAGCGCUCUGAUGCUCUACAAUAAAACUCGCGAGCAGCUCCAGAGGAAAGAGGAACAGCAGCGAGCUGAAGCCGAGGAGCGGCACAAAGCCGACCUGAAAGCCCGGAGUCUGGAACUGGAGAUCAGAGCUCUGAAGAACAGCAUCAAACAGCUGGAGGAGGACAGAGAUGAGUCUCAGCGUCUUCUGUCUCAUGAGCGCAGCGCUCGCACCCUUCAUGAGGAAUUACUCAGCAACCAUCUGCGCAAGCAGCAGGACAUCGAGGAGGAAAACCUCAGAAACUUCAACAAAAGCAACGAGGCCAUGUCCCAGCUGACAGAGGCAUCGGACCGCGAGCGUGAGCUGCUGCAGCAGAACCGAGCACUUCAUGAAGAGCUGAACGGUGCUCGGGCCGAGCUGGACCGCUCUCAGUCUCACAGCCGACAAGAAGAGUCGCGAUUGGCUGAAGAGAGAGACGCCCUGCGUGAGAGACUGGAGGACGCUCGCAGGGACCUGAAAUUGAGCGAUGAGGCUUUAACUCAGACUGUUUUCCAGUAUAACGGCCAGCUGAGCGCACUAAAAGCCGAAUGCUCGGUGAUCGGGGCCAAACUGGAACAUGAGAGACAAACAAGGCAGCAGCUGGAGGCAGAGGCCGAGGCGAACAGAGCCCGACUGCAGGGGGCGCUACAUGAGGCCGAAAGGUGUCAGGCCUCACGCACCGAAGCCGAACGCACCCUUCAGCGAGAACGCGAAGAACACCAGCGGUCUCAGGAGAAGCACACCUUCGAGUCCAACGCCCAGCGAGACACCAUCCAAUCCCUUUCCCAAAAACUCAGCAAAGCAGAGGCACGCGCCAACAGCCUGGAGAACGAGUGCCACCGCAGCUCUCUGGCCGUCACCGAGAAGGGCGUGCUUUUGGAGGCGUUGGCCCGGGAGAAAGACCAGGCCCAGACCAAACUCAAAGACCUGGAGGCCACGGUACUGAGCGAACGCGAGCAGGCCAGCCGUGCCGGAGCCAAACAGGAAGCCAUGCAGGAGAGGCUGGCCCAAGCUCAGAGCGAGUGCGCGCUGCUGCGACAGAAGCUGGAGGAGGCGCUGAACAAAGGCUCGGCGAAGGACAAGGCAGUGACGGACAGCCAGCAGAACUUCGCAGAGAUGCUCAACCAGUUACGAGCAGACGGAGAGGAGAGAGUCCUCCUGGUGGAGGAGCGAAGCAAAGAGCUGUCCAGGACAAACAGCGAGAUUAGAGAGCAAAACUAUAAACUAGAGCAGGAGAAAAGCGAGAGAGAGGCAUCUCUGAGACAGCUACAGCAAGACUUGGUCGACUCUUUGAAGAAGCUCUCCAUGUGCGAGGCCACGCUGGAGGUCACCACGCGAUACCGCAACGACCUGGAGGAGGAGAAGAUGCGCACACUGAAAGAGCUAGACAGACUGAAGGGGAAGCUGCAGGAGUCUGAAGAUCUUCACGUCCAGGCUGAGAGACGCAUCGGCCAACUAAAGAAUAAUCUGGAUGAGAAAGAGCGAGAAAUCUGCAUCACCGCCCAAAAACUAGAGGAGGCGCUGGCUGCGUCUGCAGGCAAAGAGCAGACGGUUAAACAGCUGGAGGAGGCGGUGCAGAGGUUAGAGAUUGAAAAUGCCAGACUGGAGGCCACAGUGAAACAGCAGUCCAGUCGUAUGGAGGUCUUACAGAAGGGCGUUCAGGAGGGGACUGCGCUGUCAGAUUCAUCACCUGGAGUUGGGGUCAGAAAUCGCUUGGAAGAUCUUGUAACAAACCUGCAAAGCAGUAAGAUGACAUUAGAAGAUCAGCUGAACCGAGAGGUGCAGAAGCAAAGUCUGCUAUCCCAUAAUGCCCAGGACUCACAGACACUGUGGGAGGAGGAGCUAAAGAGCCGCUCACGACUUGGACUUCGACUCUCUGAGCUGGAAAAGGAGAAAGUAGAACUGACCAAUCAGGUGGAACUUGAGAAGAAAAAAGCCAAGAAGCUUGCUGAGCAGAAGUCGUCAGUGGAUACCCGUCUGGAGCAGGAGAUGAACAGAAACACUGACCUUCAGAAAGAAAUGUACAGGUUAAAGACUUUGGUGAAGAGUGCUAAGAAACAGCUGCGGGAACAAGGUGGUGGACAUCUGGAUUCACCUCUGGCCAGCUUCAGAGGAGACACGAGUCACAGACUGGAGACUGAGACGACUGUCGGUAGAAUGAAGACUAAGGUGGAUGAGCUUCAGUCUCAGUACCAGCAGGAGUCGUUGCGCUGCUCCCGGCUCGAGGAGACCAACAGGCAGCUGAAGGAGAAGCUGGCGUCCGUGAAGACUUUAAGCCGAAGCCACGAGCAGCUGGAGCGCAGUAAGAGGCAGCUGGAGGACGAGGUGGCCGCUCUGCGCAAACAACUGCAGGGCGGUGUGAUGGACAAGAGCCAAGCCGAGCUGUACCGCAGAGAGACGGAGGAAAGAGCCCGACAGGAGAUCCGGCUAAAGCUGGAAGAGGUCAACCUCUUCCUGCAGACGCAGGCCGCGUCUCAGGAGGCUCUGGAGCAGAUGAAGGCAGCGAAUGAAGCGAGUCAACGCGCUCACCUGGAGCAGCGCAUCCGGGACCUGGAGGCGGAGCUGAGCCGCUCACGCAGCGUCCAGCAGGACAGCACGGUGCAGAGAGACUCGAGUCGCACUGAGAUGGAACGCUACAAACAGCUGUACACAGAUGAACUACGACUUAGGAAAAGUCUCGCCUCUAAACUGGAAAGGUCGCAUGAGAGGUUAGCGGAGGCUAACACUAAACUCCUGAGCGAGAGGCAGCGCAGUAAAUCUUUGCUGACCGGCAGUCUCGUCAAUGGUGGUUUAGGAGGUGCCGCACUCGAUGUGUCAUCUCUGGGGGCGUACGGGGCCUCUCUAGCACCCCUAAACAGAAGUCUUGGUCUCGGGACCCCUUUGUUGGGUACAGUAGGGGAAUCCCAGAACAACAGAGUUGAAGCCUACCUGGCAAAGAUGCAGAAAGAGCUGGAGAAAAAUAUAUCAAAGGAGUUAGAUUACGUCGCAGGAGAGUUAGAUGGAGGAUCUGCACGUUUGUCACCUGUGGGUUCAGCCUCGGGCUCUCAAAACCUCAACCUGACCCUGGAACAGCCGGACCCGGUCAAAAAGGCCACUCAACAGUACCUAGAGGUGUUAAAGAAGAACUACAUGAUCUGACCCAGGGUCAGUCCAGACACUGUGAACAUAAUGAACACUAAUGGGAUCAUCCGGAUUUGGGAAGUGACUCCAACAGGAAAAGGACCAACAAAUAAUUGAAACAUUUUAAAAACAAUCAUGGUGUCUUAAAGGGUAAGAUGCUGAAAUAUUUUACAGCUCUUUGUGGUACUGAAAGAUAUAAUUCACCAAAUAAACACACUCCGAGCAGAAUUCCCAUAAAACAUGUCAUUGCCCUAACCUCAAAAGUUGAUGGGAAUGAAGUUUAUUUAGGAAUGCUUAUUUUUUCCACUCCGCUCAGUGUUUGUUCUGCUGGUCAGGACUCGUGCAGUGUGUGAAAAAUCAUAAAUUUUUCCUUUAAAGAUGCAUAUUUUGCAUAAAGUCCUACAAAGUACAAUUAAACGAUUUCUGCUACAAAAACUUUGUGUUAACCACUAAAAGGGCCAAAGUUUCAAUACAAUCAUUCAGAAUUAAUUUUAUGCUGUGAUGAAGUGACGAUGCACAAUGUACCUCAGGAGGAAACGGGCCGAGAUUGAAAUAGAAUACAGUCGUUUUAUUGUCAGGUACGUGUGCAGAUUUCAGUGUUGUAUUUCUUUCAGUCAAGAUGUUUAUGCUGUUAUUUGUAUUUUAUGUUUUAUUAUAAAAGUGGAUUUUAGUUUGCACUUGAUAUAUUUCGGCUGUUUUGUAGUUGAUGUUUAUUAUGAAAAGUGUUACAUUUGUACUGUUAAUAUUAUUGCCAAGUAAUAAUGAUGGUACUUUACACUAUUGUGCAAUAUAUUCAAGCUGUUUUAUUUUUAAAAUGACAAAACUCUAAUUUGGAGAUGAUUUUUGGACUUUUUAAAGGACUUUGUCACUAUUGCUGUGCUCAGGAUGCUUUGACUAAAUCUUAUGAAGAUGGCCAGGAUAUAUUCACGUCUAAAUCAAAGGGAAUAUUUUGUGUAAAGAUAAUCAAGUCUUAGUGUUUUAGUACCACUGUGAUUGAAGAAGUUGGAUGCUGCAAGAGAUUUUGUAAUGAUUUUUUUUGUGAACGUAAUGUCAACAUUUCUUUUGUUUUGGGAUUUGAGAUGUUUAAAGCUAUAAAAUGAAUUUGCAUA